GGAGCCCCGAGCGCAGGAUUCGCCCGCCCCGGAGGACCGCGUCCGGACGGGAAGAUCCCGUGGCUUCCCGAGCGCCGCCUGCGCCAGGUACCAUUCUAGGCACUGAAGGAUACAUCAAGAAACAAAGCUGAGGGAGACCCAGCCUCUGAGACAACAUCCUAGCAGGGGAAGCAGCUCACACCCUGAUGGAUACCUGGUGUGGACGAUGAGGGAGCAACGCAUCUCUCACACCAGAGAGGUAACCUUGGAGCGCACCCUGGAUGACCCUGCGACCUGGAACAAUGCGGCUGGCCUGCAUGUUCUCAUCCAUCCUGCUGUUCGGAGCUGCAGGCCUCCUACUCUUUAUCAGCCUGCAGGACCCCACAGAGCUUGCCCCUCAGCAGGUGCCAGGAGUAAAGUUCAACAUCAGGCCACAGCAGCCCCACAAGGACCUCCAACCCGGUAGUUCCCAUGAUGGUGACAUGAAGGUAUCCACAGAGAGAGUCACACAAGAUUUGUCCAGCCGGGCCCCAAGAGACCUCAAACUGCGGGUCCCUGAUCAACCUCAAUUCCAUCCAAAGACAGGGUCCCGUCUGCGACUCCGGCAGAGACGGCGGCGGCUGCUAAUCAAAAAGAUGCCAGCUGCAGUGGCCGUUGUGGCCAACAGCUCAUCCGAGAACCUUGUCCGCCCAGGACCCCAGACCCUGGACAGCCACUGGGUCAGCCUGCACCGGAGUCAGCAGGAGCGCAAGCGGGUGAUGCGGGAGGCCUGCGCCAAGUACCGGGCGAGCAGCAGCCGCAGGCCUGUCACGCCCCGCCACGUGUCGCGAAUCUUUGUGGAGGACCGCCACCGCGUGCUCUAUUGCGAGGUGCCGAAGGCCGGCUGCUCCAACUGGAAGCGGGUGCUCAUGGUGCUGGCCGGGCUCGCUUCAUCCACCGCGGACAUCCAGCACAACACGGUCCACUAUGGCAGCGCCCUCAAGCGGCUAGACACCUUCGACCGCCAGGGCAUCCUGCACCGCCUGGGCACCUACACCAAGAUGCUCUUCGUGCGAGAGCCCUUCGAGAGGCUGGUCUCGGCUUUCCGUGACAAGUUCGAGCACCCGAACAGCUACUACCACCCCGUCUUUGGCAAGGCGAUCCUGGCUCGAUACCGGGCGAACGCCUCGAGGGAGGCUCUGCGGACGGGCUCUGGCGUGCGCUUCCCCGAGUUCAUCCAGUAUCUGCUGGACGUGCACCGGCCCGUGGGCAUGGACAUCCACUGGGACCAUGUCAGCCGGCUGUGUAGCCCCUGCCUCAUCGACUAUGACUUUGUGGGCAAGUUCGAGAGCAUGGAGGACGACGCCAACUUCUUCCUGAGCCUCAUCCGGGCGCCUCACAACCUGACCUUCCCGCGGUUCAAAGACCGGCACUCACAGGAAGCGCGCACGACCUCGAGGAUCACCCACCAGUACUUCGCGCAGCUCUCCGCCCUGCAGCGGCAGCGCACCUACGACUUCUAUUACAUGGACUACCUGAUGUUCAACUACUCCAAGCCCUUCGCGGACCUGUACUGAGUGAGGGGCAGGGCCCGCUGCGGAGGACGGCCGCCCUGCCCACUCACCGGUGCGCAGGACUGACUUUCCUGACAGGGCUCCGCCUCUGGAGCUGAGAUGUGCCCGGAGUAACAGGGCUCUGAGGAUGUCAGGAGCCGUGGCUGUGGGGCGCGGCAGGGCCUGGGUGGGGGACAGAGGCCUUGGAUGGGGACCCUGACCAUUGUCCCAUACCCACUUCCUCACUCCUUGGCCAAAGGAGGUGUGAGGACUUAGCUGCUCCAGGAGCUCAGCUAAGAGCUACGAUGACCAGGGACGCCUGAGGCCCCCGGGGCCGAGAGCCCCAGCGGUAAGGGAUGUCCUGCAGUCCCUUAGCCUUUGCCUUGUACAAACCAUGCGGUUUGCAGCUUUUCUAUGACCUAGGGGGAGGUUCUGAAUAAAGCACUUGGUUUUCAGA